UGCGUGGGCCAAGGGCCAGGGAUUGUGGGAGCCGAAGUCCAAAACGACUAGACGACAAGAGCGCUCGCCUCAUUGGCUGGGCCUGCGCGGAAGCGGGCCGCAAAACAAAACACAACGGCGUAGCCAGCUACAAAAUGGCGGCGCCCGGCCUCUUCGGGAGGAGGGACUAGAACUCGGCGCGGCCAAUCAGAGGCCUCGCGAGGCUCAACGGAUGCGCCACAGGGCCAAGGGCGAGGGAGGGCCGAGCGCCACUCGCUGGUGAAGGAGCAGAGAUGAGGUCGCGGUGGCUUGCGCUGCCGCUGUUGGUGGUGCUGACGGGAGCCGGCCUGGUGUGGGCUCAGCCGGAGAGAGUCUUGUUACGAGAAGUCCAGGCCUUGACACUCUACCCAGGCAAGAACGCAAAUUAUCGUCGGAGUUCUCCAGUUCCUCAGUUGCAGUGCACUGGAGGUUCAGCUGGAUGUGGUGCAUACACCCCUGAUGUUGUACAAUGUUACAACAAAGGUUGGGAUGGCUAUGAUGUACAGUGGGAGUGUAAAGCAGACUUGGAUGCUGCCUACCGAUUUGGAAAAAUUGAAGUAAGCUGUGAAGGUUAUGAUUAUCCGGAUGACCCUUAUAUCUUAAAAGGGUCCUGUGGCUUGGAGUACACAUUGGAGUUAACCAAGGCAGGACAGCAAAAAACCAGUUCAUUUGGUGGGAGCUACUAUUCCACAACCUCUCAUGAUUCAGUAGGCUCAGGUGCUGGAGUGGUUCUGGUAAUAUUCUUUGCGCUUCUUGUUUAUGGUGUCUACAAGCUAUUCCUAUGUGAUAACCGUCCACAACAUGGCUUUGCUUACGGUGAUGUGCAUUCAGGAACCUACCAACAGAGCCCGCCACCUCCAGGAUUUAGAUCCGAUGGACAGUAUUAUCAAAGUCCUCCUCCGCCGGGAUUUAAAACAGGGUUUACAGGAGCUGCGAGUGGUUCCAAUUAUGACUCAAAUUCAGGGCCAGGUUUCUGGACCGGAUUAGGUGCUGGAGGGCUACUGGGAUACUUGGCUGGCAACCGAAGGUCACCUUCACAUCAUACAUAUUCUCCAUAUUAUGAUACAUGGGCUGGUCCAUCUGCUCGACCACAUGCAUUUGGCAGUUCACAUAACUCUACGACAUCUCAUCAUUCAGGGACAAGGUCCACCUCUGGUUUUGGAGGCACAAAAAGGAGAUGAAGCUUGGAUUCUGUUAUGUCUAAACAGCUGAAUAAAGGCAACAUUCCAGCUAUUCUAAAACUUGUUUUAAGCCUGUUUAGUGGACUGUAAGCAUCUGUCUUUGGGUGACACAUUCACUUGUAUGCACUUGCAUUUCAUGUUUAAAGAGAUUGUGUUUUGAAUAAUUUUGUGAAAAAUAAAACAGAGAAAAGACAAACAGAAA